AUUAUUAUAGUCUCAAGUUUGUUUGUUCCUUGGAAAGAAGAAAGUUAAAUAAAAAAUGGAGUCAGAGGCAGAAACUAGUAAAACUAAACCUCUUUCGAAGGAAGAGACGAAAGGGCUGCUCUCCUUAAUUGAGGGGAGCAAGAUAUUGUAUAACAAGAAGACCAAUGCCACCAGUAAUAAAAUGAAGAUAGAAGAAUGGACACGGAUUGCAGGGGUCUUCAAUGCAAAUAUAGGCACCUGUCGCCGUACACCACAACAACUGCGUCUUAAGUGGGAAAACUUGAAAAAGAAUUCGCGAAAGCGCAUUGGUCUCAUGCGGAUGGAACGGAUAAAGACUGGAGGUGGGCCACCAGGGUACUUUCCUCCAGAUGAGAUCCUGGACAGGGUAGCAGCAUUACUGGGCAGCACUGGAGAGGGUCUCACAGUGAGGUUUGGUGGUGAUGCUGAGCCCCAACUUAUUGGUGAUAGUGAUGGUGAUGGGAGUGUUGGGACAGCUUAUAUUGUGCCAGCUGAUCAUCCAAUGCUAUUGAUUGACACUCCAUUGCCUGUGGAAAAUCCUACGCCGUCCAUGGAUUAUACAUCUGUGUCCAUGGGCAAUGAAGUGCCAGCCAAUGGCAUUGGGGAUGAGUUGGUGUCGCUGGGUACGCCCAAUAUCCAUUCCAUUGAAAAAAGGAAUUUCAAAACUAGUGGUGGUGUUAAGCGGAAGCUACUGAAGCCAGACAACGGGUGUCAAGCUCGAAACAAGGCAUUGGCAGAGUAUUAUAACAUUAAAAAACAAAUGUUAGAAACUAAAAUGAGAGAGAAGAAUGAAACUUUAUUAUUACAGAAUAAAAACUUAACGCUAGUAAAUGAAAAAUUAGAGUUAGAAAAUGAAAAAUUAAAAUUAGAAAUAAGGAAGCUGAAGGGUGAGGAUUUUUAA